AUGUGGGAAUUUUGCGUUUUUUCAGAGAGUGCUUACCGGAUCCCGGAAAGUGCAGCGCGCGUCCCCAAGAUCCCUGUCCAGCCGAUCGGAUACGCAGAGGCGGAGCAACUCCUCAGGAUGAUGACCGGAGACACUGCGCCCCCGGACUGGCAGGGAGGCCUCAACCCCCAGUAUCGACUGGGACCAGGGUUCCAGAACGACAGGGACGAGCUGCACAUGCGUGUGUUCACCACCAACCAAGAGGUCUACACCUACAACGUCGUCGGGACUCUCUACGGCUCCGAAGAGAAAGGCAAGGAUCGAUACGUGGUGAUGGGGAACCACCGGGACGCGUGGAUCCUGGGCGCCCUGGAUCCGUCCAGCGGCACGGCCGCCCUCAUGGAGAUCGCCAGGGCCUUUGCCACCUUCAAGUCUCGAGGGAUUCGGCCGCGUCGGAGCGUGGUGUUCUGCAGCUGGGGGGCGGAGGAGUACGGGCUGGUCGGGUCCACUGAGUGGGUGGAGGAGCACGCGGGGGUCCUGUCGCAGAGGACCGUCGUCUAUCUCAACGUCGACAUGUCGCUCGACGGGAACGACACGCUGCGUGCGAUGGGGGUGCCGCUCAUGUACUCGUCCCUCUACGACGCGGCGAGGAGGGUCGGGAAUCCGAAUCCGAACGAGAUCGCCGAGGGUCGCAAAACCGUCUUCGAUACCUGGCUCCAUUACUAUAAGUCGGACGAGGAUCCUAACCUGCCGCAGGUGUGGGGGAUCGGGGGCGGGAGCGACUACAAGACCUUCGUGCACUACCUGGGGAUCCCCAGCAUCGACAUCCGGUACACGUCCAACUCGUCCGUCGGGGGGUACCCGCUCUACCACACCCUCUACGAGACCUACCACCUCGUGACCGGCCUCAUGGACGAGGGGGCGCGGUUCAUGAGGGCGACGGCGCAGAUGUGGGCGGAGAUGGCAAGGAACUUCGCGGACGCCGCGUUCCUUCCCCUCGACGCGAGGGACUACGCGGCGUUCCUCGAUCGUCGGUUCCGUGUGAUCGAGACCUCUUACGGGGAAAAUUUCACCCAGCACGACCUGAACCUCGGUAUGUACGAU